CAAAUCGCCUAUGAUAGCAAAUAUUAGAUAACUUAUUUUAAACUUCCAAUGCAGGCUGGAUGAAGGGGGGAAAAAGUAUUGCAGAUUUGGAACUUAAAUUUUCUAAAACGCUUGAACUCAAAUACGACCAAAGAUGUCCCUCUUGUGGCAAAAAAUAUGAGUUAGCACACGCUUGUUUUGCCUUUUUUUUUUUUUAAUCACACAAACGAAUGCAGCAUCGAUAGGAGGAAGGGAAGGUGAGAGAGACAGGACUGCAUCCUGAUAAACUACAUGUUUAUUUAAAAUGGAAAUAGAAGAAAAAGAAAGAAAAUUGAUACUGACCCAUCACCCAAGCAGACAAACAAGAGAGAAUCACUAAUUCUAGCGUCGUUGCAUUUAAUAACAGUUUCACAAAAUUGAUUUGUCAAUUCCUGAUGACUGGACCAAGAGUAAUUUACUUCUUUUCCAAUUUUUAAAAAAUAAAUGAGCAAAUCUUGGUAGAUAUCUCUCCUAAUAUGGAGUAGGCCAGAUUUCCAAACUGAGUAAAAGCCAGGAGGGGUAAUAUAAUUUGGUAUUAUGUGGAAAGAAGCAUUGGGAGAAACCUGAGCGGAACUGAGUGGAACUGGGCUGUUCUUAGCCGCAAUGAGCCUCAGAGGGAAAGCGGAAGGAGGCGAAGGUCCGAGCAACAGAGGCGAUGACUCCGCCUGUUUCACUAGGAUCUCAGAGCUCGCGUGCAGGCGCUCCUCUGGUUCAGGCUUAUCUGCCUUUUCCGCAGUCACCGUUUCUGCUUUUGCUCGAUUUCGGCUACCUUCGCCUCCGACUCGGCUAACUGGCUCAAGCAAAUUUCGGCCCGGCAAUGCUCAGCAGCUAGGGCACUCGCCCUGGGACCCGGAAGAGUUACCCGGAAGUUCCGGUACCGGCUUAGGGGCGGCCAUGGCGCCCCUUCUGGAAUACGAGCGGCAACUGGUGCUGGAGCUGUUGGAAACAGAUGGGUUGGUGGUGUGUGCCCGCGGGCUCGGUGCCGACAGGCUCCUCUAUCAUUUUAUCCGGCUGCACUGCCACCCAGGUUGCCUGGUGCUGGUGCUGAACACCCAGCCAGCUGAGGAGGAAUAUUUUAUCAAUCAGCUGAAGUUAGAGGAUGUUGAACACCUUCCUCGACGGGUGACAAAUGAAAUUGCAAGUGGAAGUAGAUAUGAGGUUUAUACCCAAGGUGGUGUCCUUUUUGUAACAAGUCGAAUUCUUGUGGUAGAUUUCUUGACUGACAGAAUUCCUUCAGAUUUGAUUACUGGCAUUUUGGUCUAUAAAGCUCACAGAAUCAUUGACUCUUGUCAGGAAGCCUUCAUAUUGCGUCUCUUUCGUCAAAAAAAUAAACAUGGUUUCAUUAAAGCUUUCUCAGAUAAUGCAAUUGCCUUUGAUACUGGCUUUUGUCAUGUGGAAAGAGUUAUGAGAAAUCUUUUUGUAAGAAAAUUGUACCUGUGGCCAAGGUUUCAUGUAGCAGUUAACUCGUUUUUAGAACAACACAAGCCUGAAGUAGUUGAAAUACAUGUUGCCAUGACUCCUGCCAUGCUUGCUAUCCAGACAGCUAUUCUGGACAUUUUGAAUGCAUGUCUGAAGGAAUUAAAGUGCUACAAUCCAUCUCUUGAAGUAGAAGAUUUAUCUUUAGAAAAUGCUAUUGGAAAACCUUUUGACAAGACAAUUCGUCACUAUUUAGAUCCUUUGUGGCACCAGCUUGGAGCAAAGACUAAGUCUUUGGUACAAGAUUUGAAAAUACUACGAACUUUGUUACAGUAUCUCUCUCAGUAUGAUUGUGUCACAUUUCUUAAUCUUCUGGAGUCUUUAAGGGCAACUGAGAAAGCUUUUGGCCAGAAUUCAGGAUGGCUGUUUCUCGACUCUAGUACUUCAAUGUUUGUAAAUGCUCGAGCAAGAGUUUAUCACAUUCCAGAUAUCAGAAUGAAUAAAAAGUGCAAAAUGACUGAAAAAACAGACCAAGAAGGCCAAGAAUUGAAAAGAGAACUGGUACUAGAAAGCAAUCCUAAAUGGGAAGCCCUAACUGAAGUAUUAAAAGAAAUUGAAAUAGAAAAUAACAAUAGUGAAGCUCUUGGUGGUCCAGGAAAAGUACUUAUUUGUGCAAGUGAUGAUCGAACAUGUGCACAGCUUAGAGAAUAUCUCUCUAUCGGAGCAAAGACUUUCUUAUUGAAGCUAUAUACGAAAACCUUUGGAAAGGAUAACAAAGCUGGAGAAGUAAAAAUGAAAUUCAGUAAAGAAGACAAUUCUAAAGGAAACCUGAAAUCUAGCAAAGAAUCCAAAGUUUCAAAAGCCAAGAUCAGGACUUCCAAAAAACAAAGAUCUACAAAGAAGCAAGAAUUGACUUUAACUCAGAUGGUAACAAAGAUUGAGGAUGAAGCUGAGGAAGGUGAUUAUAAAGAAAUAAACAACAGCCAAGAAAACUGCCUGAAGGAAACUGGACCUGAAGUGUUUGGUGUGAAAUUAUCAUCUGAUGCUGCAUAUGGCAUCCUGAAAGAACCCCUCACUGUCAUCCAUCCACUUCUGGGUUGUGGUGACCCCUAUGCCCUGACCAGGGUAUUACAUGAAGUGGAGCCAAGAUAUGUUGUCUUAUAUGAUGCAGAACUAACAUUUGUUCGUCAACUUGAAAUUUAUAGGGCAAGUAGGCCUGGAAAGCCUAUGAGGGUCUAUUUUCUUAUCUAUGGAGGUUCAACUGAAGAACAGCGCUAUCUUACUGCUUUACGGAAAGAAAAAGAGGCUUUUGAGAAACUUAUUAGAGAAAAGGCAAGCAUGGUUAUCCCUGAAGAAAGAGAAGGGAGAGAUGAAACAAACUUAGACCUGGUAAGAGAAGCUACAUCUGCAUAUGCUUCUACUGACACUCGCAAAGCAGGUGGUCAGGAAAAGACUAAUUUGCAACAAAGUAUAAUUGUGGACAUGAGAGAAUUUCGAAGUGAACUUCCAUCUCUGCUUCAUCGUCGAGGCAUUGACAUUGAACCAGUUACUUUAGAAGUCGGAGAUUACAUCCUAACUCCAGAAAUAUGUGUCGAGAGAAAAAGCAUCAGUGAUUUGAUUGGUUCCUUAAAUAACGGUCGCCUCUAUAGUCAGUGCAUCUCCAUGUCUCGAUAUUAUAAGCGACCAGUACUUCUGAUUGAGUUUGAUCCCAGUAAACCUUUCUCUCUUACUUCUCGAGGUUCUCUACAUCAGGAGAUUUCCAGUAAUGAUAUUAGUUCCAAACUUACUCUUCUUACUCUUCAUUUCCCAAAACUUCGGAUCCUUUGGUGCCCUUCCCCCCAUGCAACUGCUGAGUUAUUUGAGGAGUUGAAACAGAACAGGCCACAACCUGAUGCAACAAUAGCCAUGGCCAUCACAGCAGAUACUGAAACCCUUCCUGAUUCAGAAAAAUACAAUCCUGGACCACAAGAUUUCUUACUAAAAAUGCCAGGUGUCAAUGCCAAAAACUGUUGUUCCUUAAUGAAUCAUGUAAAGAGCAUUGCAGAAUUAACAACUUUGUCACAAAAUAAACUCUCCAGUAUUCUUGGAAAUGCUGCAAAUGCUAAGCAGCUUUAUGAUUUCAUUCAUGCAUCCUAUACAGAAGUUAUAGCUCAGGGAAAAAUUAAAAAGUAAAAUUUUAGAGGUAAUUUAUUUUGAUCACAUGACCACACUCUUUGUUGUCUUUUAUCAUAAUAGCAGUUACAAUCUCAUUUCUUUAAUUCAAUCUUUUGUUAUUUCCCAUUAUAAGAAAUCUUAAGAAGUCCAAAGCUGGAAAUCAUCUAGUCCAGGCCCUCAAUUUACAGAAUAAAGAUGCUCAGAGAGGAAAGCUACAUACCCAGAGUCAAACAACUAGUUAGUAGCCAGAGCUAGAAGUAGAGAUCAAAUUUCCUAAUUUAAUGCCAGUGUUCUUUGAAUCACACCAUCUUGAGAUUCUUCCGAUGAAUCAUGAGAGCUUUUUUAAAGCUACCAACUUUGCCCCUCUUCCCCUUUUGGUAUACUAGCCCUGUUAAAAAUGCAGUGUGCUGUGGUGUCCAUUUAAAUUUUUUAACUAUUUAUGGAUGAAGGAAUUUUUUAUGAAUUAAAAUUUGUGCUUCUUAAACUUUGAAGAAAUACAUAUAGUACAGUUUUCCUCUACUGGCUAUACAAAAUAUACCAAUUUAUUACAAAAGAGUUCCAAAGGGAAGGAAAACACUUUUCGCUAUUCCUGUCCAAUUUCCUAUUCUCAGUGUAAAAGCAUUGGAGGAUUUCUCUCAGCUGAUUGAAGAGUACAACAGAUAGGAAAAUUAUUAGCCUGAUGAAUUUCUAAUUAGAAUAUAUGUAAUAUAAUAUAGUUUGACUAAUAACUUUUUUAUAAUGUAAAGUAAAUUGCCUUUUUGUAGAAGUUAGCAGUAUUAAUGAAUUGUUAGAAUUUUGCUUCUUUGAAGAUCCUUAAACUCUUGGGUUACCAGAGCCCCAAAUUCUAGUCUUUAAAAGCUUUCCUUUCUCACAUCCUCCUACAUAUACUUUAAGAUUACGAUUUCCAUAGUACCCUAUAAUACUUUUUGAGCUUAUUUAUGAUCUGUUCACUUCCACAUUUUGUGCAAUUCUGGACCUACACAUUCUGGUGUGAGAUCUGGAUUACAUGCAAAUGAGUGGCUAACUAAAUUGAUAAGGUUUUUUUUUUUUUAUAGUUGAGUUUUAUCCAAAGAAAUACUACACAAAAAUCAGCAAAUAGGAAAAUAGUCGUUGUUCUAGGCUUAAUACAUUUUUUUUUUAAAUCAAACUUUUAAAGAAAAAAAAGAGUCCAGCUCUUGCCUCUUUUGUGAGUAAUCUGGUUUAGCAUUCUACUGAAUACAUAAAAGACUUAAAUUCCAUUCCUUAAAUUGUAUAUAAUAGAAACAGUUUUAUAAUAAUCUGGUUGUUGGCAGUUAAUUUUCUAUUUGUAAUUGAUAGUGACUGUCUUUGACUUCUCCAAAAUUAAAAGGCAGCCCAUGUGAUAAAGUUUGCAUUCUUAUCUGUGAAAGUCAGUUUUGUUUUGUUUUUUCCACACAACCUGGAAUUUAAAAAAAACUGUGCACAACUGAAUAAAUGUAUUUAUAAAUGUCAUUUGUAGAUUAUUUGAGCAGUACUUUUGAUUUAUUGAAAUGUGAAUAUGCUAUAAAGACUGUAUAAAAGUGUACUUCUAAAUUGAAUUCAACUAUUAUCAUUAAUUACAUUGUCAUGUAAUAAAAAUUGAGAGAUGAUUUGGAGGGGUAGGAUAAGGAUCAUGUAAGAAGAUCAUUUUAAAAUAGACAACGUUCUGGGCUUUUUUUCUUCAGUGCCAAAAACUUGUUAUAAAUUUUCCAGAUAAAAAUGUUAAUGUGGGGUAUUGGAGUUUAAGUUAUCAUUUUACAUUCACUUUUAUAUUUACUUUAUUUUUGGAAGAGAGCACAAAAUCAUCAAAAAUUCACUGAAAUAGAACAAAUUCUUUUUAAAGAUGCCAGGCUUCAAACUAUUCCUUGUUUUAUCGUUGAGUUUAUGAAUACUCUUGUCUCUUAGCACUCUGAUACUAUUAUUCACUGUUGUAAUAAUAGUUAUUUAAGAAUUAAUCAGUUUCCCUCAUAGAUUUGAGAUAUAAAAAUUUUAUCAUUAUCAAUAAAUUUUACAAUGAUAGUCAUUACUGACUCAUUUACCAACAGGUUAGCUAAUGCUUUCUUCUGUUAAAUAAAAAGGUAUGUGAAUAUGUAUUUACAUGUAAAUAUACUUUAUCAUGGUUUUCUUGAAUUAUAUUUGGAAUCUUGAUCAUAGAAUCAUAGAAAUGUAUUAUGGCCCAGAACUCUGAACUUGAAACAAAGGAUUCUUACAAGGUACUAAGUCAGUGGAAUUGAUAGAGACAAUGGUUAUCUAAUUUAGCAUGGUUCAGUAUGAUUGAUUUAAUCCUACAAGGAGAUGUUAUGGGCCAGAACUUGAAACAAGGUACUAAGUGGAAUUGAGGAGAUAAUGGUUAAAAAUCUAGUUUAGCAUUGAUUUAAUACUACAACAAAUAAUCGUUUCCUAGUGAUAUAAUGAUUGUUUUGUACUCAGUGUGGCGCAUAUAAGCUAGAAGCCUCAGCCAGGCAGAUUCAGAGACAAGCAGAUAGAAGUCUGGAGCACAAACCCUUGGACUCGGACAGAUUCAUCCUAUCUCACACCGCCUUGGUGAAAGGCUCUACUCCUUUGCUUCUCCACUGAAACCAAGACUCCAGAAGGCCUCUAGAAAACUAGCAGAGCCCCAAAUGAAGGAGAUAGGACUUUGAAAGAGAUAAUAAAGGAUUUGGACUUUAAUACCUGGCUACACUUGUGAUUACUGAACUGAAAAGAAGGCUGUUCCCAGAGACCCCAAGAAAACCUCAACAGAGAACAAUACAAUUUAGAGAGAAUAUUACAGAAAUGUAUAUAAUUUUAGGCUUAAAUAAUGACUAAUUGUGUUUAGCUUUUGUUUAUUUGAAUACUUAUGAGUUUAUAAUUCAUUUUUUCCAGGACUUUUUUUCUUUAAAAAACUAGGCAAGAAUUUUUUAAUUUAAAUUUAAAAUUUUUCCCUCUAUUUCUAAACUCUAACUCUGGAAUAAAUAAAAAUCAAAUGAAAUAUU